AUGGCAGUGGGCAGGAAAGCGUCCAGAAAUGAAGGUAAAAGCAGAUGGAGUGAGAAAUCCUCCCAGCUGUGUAAGAGGCUGUUCCUCCGGCCCCGGCAGCCCAGGACCGUCCCGUCCCGCCGCCAGGCCGCCAGCCCCGGGGUCAGCUACCUGGACCGGCUCCCGGUGGAGCUGUUCGACAUGAUCCUGGACAAACUGUCCGUGUUGGAAAUCAGUGUGUUCAGCAUGGUAUCUAAGGAUAUCUGUAGAUAUAUAAUGGACUACAUCUCCACUCUGGCCUGGAAGAAAAAAGCCAUCUCUUCACACUUUCACCAUCCCUCCUGUCCCGAAUGGGUUUCAACUAUUCAACACUACAGGGAUCUCGGGUUGCUGUUCAAGCGGUGCACUCUGCUGCUUCCCACAAAGGAGAGGCUGAGGUUCAUCUUCAACAAGUUUACGCACGUUCCCUGCUUCACGCUGGAGCAGUGUUUGACACCACAGUGCUCCGGUUUUUCAAGCUACGGAAUCUUUCUGCAGACGCUGAUCGCAGGCUGGGACGAGCUGGAAUGCCACAGAGUUUUCAACUUCCUGUGUGACAACAUCAACCUGCUGCAAAGAACGGAAGCAGUGAUCACUGCAAAGCGGGGGGCGAACAGCUUCCAGGAGCUGCAGCUUCGCUUCUUCUGCCGUCGGGUUCUGUUGGAUCCUUGGUCCCAAAAGCCGGAGGGCGACUUCUGGCUGCUGCAGCUGCUUCAGCCUUGGCCCAUGGUCAGCCAGGCCCACCUGCUGUUCAUCCUGUACGGACCGCUGAUGCCUGAGGGCGUCCUCGCCUGGCAGGACCUGGUGGAGCGGGAGUUGCCCCACCAGGCUCUCUGGGACCUGGCCCAGGCCAUCCUCAUGCUUUUCAGCCAAUUCAAGGCCAAACACCUGACCGUGGACUCCAUCCCGGCCAUCUUUGAGGAGCUCAUUGUCAUCCCUCAGCCGUGGCAUGUGCUGAACGUCGCUCGUCUGUUGGUACUGUGCGGCAACGACUUCUGCUUCACGUUCCUGGCCAGCAAAGCCCUCAACGGUCGACUCCCAGAGAUCUCAAGACUCAUUGUCUUCAUCAUACUGGUGUGUGAGAAGGACGGCUACCACAUGAACUGGGCGGUGAAGCUGGUCAAGGCCGUCUGCGACGUGUUCGCCAAAGUCAACGACAAGUACAACUUCAUCCAACAGCUGGAGAGCAAGUUCUCAGAGGUCACCAGGGAAUUCUUUGAAAUGUCUGUCUCAGGGAACCGCUUUGAAGACAGGGAGACUUUUCAGACUCUGUGCAUCCUCCUCGACUCCGGCGCUCGCUUCCACACUAAAUUCCUCCACAUGCUCCUCAAAUAG